CACUCUUCUCCAGUUGGUAGCGUGGAAGUUUACGAACAUGAGUAAUGUUUUUAUGCAUUUAUUUACAAAAGUAUCGUAGUGAUAUACACCAAAAAAGCAAUAUAUUUAUAAUUUGUACUGUGCUUUUAUGAACUUCUUAAUUGUGACAUUCAUAUGUACAAUUUUAUAUACGAAGAUUUAUACGUAAAAUGGUGCUGAAGUAUAAUUAUUUCUUUUACCCGAAUGCAUGCCAUGUUUGUAAAAUAUAUGGCAAGGGAAUCUCUUUAAAACGAUGCGGUAAUUGCACUAUGAUCUCUUAUUGUUCUAAGGAACAUCAAAAAGCACAUUGGUCACAGCACAAAGAUCUGUGCAAUGCAAUAUGCUCUCUUUUAAAAACAUCAAAUAUUCUAAAUAAUGAACAGAAUGUUAAUACAAAAGCCUGGUCUGAAAUGAAAAUGAAUUUCAUGCUACUAGUAAUGAUGAAAAUGGGAAGAAAGCUUAAACAUUAUGAAGAAGAAAUGUUCAAAUUUCUGAGAUCGUGCACUGUAUGUCAUGAUCGAAAUCUUAAAGCUCUUGAAGAUUGUGAUAAUUGCCCAAGCGCCAGUUUUUGCACAAAACACAAGAAUGAUACAGUACAUAAAAAAGUUUGUCAUCUUACAAAAUUAUGUUACGAUUUGGAUGCUAUAUCGAUAGCACAUAAAAAAGAGACACCAGAAAUAAAAAUACCAUACAGUACUAAUUAUACAAAUUUACCAGAAAACAUUAAAGAUUUUAUAGAUUACUACAUUGAGCUCCAAAAAGAUCCACAAAUAUCGUUACAAGAAGAUAUGAUAAUCAAUACAGAAUAUCUCACAAGACCUUUAACAUUUCUUUAUGCAAUACAAAAGUUAGAAUAUGUUUUGGAAGGAAGUACCAUGAAUAUUCAUAUUAUUGCAGCUAAUAUGUUAGACCUUGAUGGUAUAGAACUUUGGGAGAUUUUGUUACAUUGGAUACCAAACAUAAAAACGUGGAGAAUUUAUUUAAUAGGGCCUGAAUUGUCUUCAGGUGUGAUACCGAUCAAUCUUUGUGAUAAUUGUCAGCAUAAUAAGAAGGAACUUUUAAUUGAAACACAUAAUACACUCUAUGAUACUUAUGCGAACAAGAAUUCAUAUGUAAAACCAAAUGUUAUUGUUGGAUACAAUGCAGGAAUACAUGAAUGUGAAAAUUUAAGAUCGGAGAAUGAAACAUGGAGAGAAUCUUUGAAAAUAAUAGCUAAACAAAACUGUCCAGUGAUCUUAACAUGUUACACUUUGGUAGAAGCAGAAAAAGAACAAACAAGACUUAAUGAAAUUUUGAAUUGUAAUGUAAAAUGUGCAUAUUUUCUACGAAAUCCUUAUUCUAGUCUAAGGCCGUACAGAGACUUUGAAACUGAGGGUAUAUAUUACCAGAAUCAAUACGUAAUCAUUUACAAGCAUUUACAAGCGUUACAAUAAUUUGUUAUACUGUAUUUUAUAAUCGAUUUGAUACAUACGUAUACUUUGUAUAAGAACUUUACGAUUUAUUGUAUAAUAAAGAAUUCUCAUUUUAAGCUUCUUAAAAAAAUAA